GAAAAGAAAGUCUAAACAUAGUGGCAUCUUUAAAGUCUUUCAAGUUUAAAUGGGUUUAAAUGCUCAUCAAUAAUUGAUAUUCAGGGGGCAACAAUUGAUAUUCAGGGUAAACUUCAGCAAAGGUUUGGUGACAAUUUCAUCAAUAAUCAGUAGUUAAUACUGGCCUGAACCCAAUUGUCUGGGGUUUAUACUUUUGAUUACAAAAGCAAAAAUUCCCGUUUCAGUUUGCUCUUCCUUCGUCUUUCUCGCAAACCCCAUCAUCGAUUCCAGGCUUUAUAGCUAAUAAAAGUGCCUAAUUUAUCCGCCAUUCAGCUAGUGAGUUUUUGUAAGCAAAUCAAGUGAAAAAAAAUAAUGGCUGGAAGAAAUCGUGGGCCUCCUGUGCCAAUCAAAGGUAUUGCACAUGGUGGGAUGCUUCCACCUGUUCACGAAUCUCCUCAGUUUGUGAGAGGCCGUGGGCCAGUUCCUCAUCCUGCAUUGCUGGAGGAAAUGAGAGAACCACCGAUGGGUAUGGAUCUUAGACAACUUCCUCCUCACCCUGCUAUUAUAGAGGAGAGAUUGGCUGUUCAACAUGAUGAGAUUCAAGGUCUGCUGAUUGAUAACCAGAGGUUGGCUGCAACACACGUGGCGCUCAAGCAGGAACUGGAAGUUGCACAGUUUGAGCUUCAGCGCACGCAUGAGUAUGCAGGUUUAUUGCAUGCAGAGAAAGAUAUCCAGAUGAGAGAACUUUAUGAGAAGUCUGUCAAAAUGGAUAGGGAUCUUCAGGCGGUGGAUAGCAUGAGGACUGAACUUAUGCGAGUACAUGGUGAUGUUAAGGAGCUAACUGCAGCAAGGCAAGAGCUUACAGCUAAGGCUCAAUUGAUGACUGAAGAUUUGGCUAGAAUGACUGCUGAGUUACAGCAGGUCCCUGCAAUAAAGGCAGAUAUUGAAGGUUUGAAACAAGAAUUGCAGCGAACUAGGACUGCUAUUGAAUAUGAGAAAAAGGGGUAUGCAGAGAAUUAUGAGCAUGGUCAGGUGAUGGAGAAGAAGUUAGUCUCAAUGGCAAGGGAGCUAGAGAAACUUCGUGCAGAGAUGGCAAAUGCUGAAAAAAGAGCUCGCGCUGCUGCUGCAAUUGGGAAUCCAGGUCCAGGUUAUAGUGCAAAUUAUGGCAAUGUGGAAAGUAUUUAUCCAGUAAAUCCCUAUCCUGCUAGCUAUGGCCUGAAUCCCAUGAAUCCCAUGCAUCCUGUGCAAACUUCCAUGGAAGGUUAUCCUCAAUAUGGACCUGGACCUGGUACCUGGGGUGCUUAUGACAUGCAGCGAGCUCAAGGACCCAGAUAAAUAAGUCCAUGCUAGACCGUGACCACUUAUUUUACCUUACUAAUAUCUGGUACUACAAAUUGGAUAUUGGCUUGUGUUGGAUAUGCUGUGUCAUGAUAGACUUCUUAAAGUCAUGUUGGACAUCUUUUUUCCUUGAGCAAAAGUAGACAUUUUGUAUGAUUUUAAUGCUAUGUCCUUGCAAGGAAAAGGAAAAUGUUGGUUUGUCCUGGCAUAUAUCUACUGGUUUUUCCCAUUUGUUCAAAUAAUUAUAAGUUUGUCUCUGUUUUGGAACGUACGAUGUACUGAUGUGAGCAGCAGAUUGUGCGAUUCAUAUGUCUGAGAGCAUAGAAAAUGUCCUAGAUGCUAGUCAUUUAUAUUUAAGUUGGUGCUAUGCCUUAUUUUCUUCCAUUGCUAGGACCAGUAGGGCAUUCCUCCUUGAUGAAUUGAACUACGAUUUGAAAUGAGUAAUAGGUAGACACAAUAGCUUAUUGGGUUUAUAACAUUGCAUCCUGUAGGCGUCCUGUCUAUCAAUACUGGAGGUUAUAUCUUGUCUCCUUCAUGUAGUAGUUGAAGUGAUGAGAUGGAGAAGAUUUCUUUUUAGGUUUAGACAAGCUUCUGACCCUUAUAAAUGUAGCUUUUGCUUCCAAAUUCAAGCAAAAACUAGAGCCUUAUCAGUUUUUUACUUAUAGCUGAACUUGUGGAAUGAGGGCUUUUAGUGGAGAAGGAAUUUUGAAUAUCUUAGACUUUGGUGCAUUACAGAUCUGUAGGCAGGUCUGAUUUAUUCCGCAUACAUCCUUGUGUGUUGGUUCCAUGUUUAUGUAUUCAGGAGGGCGGCCACUGGGGUGAGGGGGGUGGGAGGUGGAGGGUGAGUGUUUCUUUUUUUUUUUGCCUCCCUUAAUAUGUUAUUGGGUAGGUGGAGGGUGAGUGUUGGUUUGCCUGGUUCUGAGUUUCUAUAGAGCUUGCAGCUUUUGGUUGCACCAAAGCUCUUCAGCAUUCUUGUUAUAUUUGGCUUUCUAUCUUUAACUCUUUUCGGCGGAAUUGACUGUUCUAAAGCAGGCAAAGUCGACUCUGUGCAGUCGAUGUUUCUAGCUUUUGAUUUGAUUGCUCAAUGACUAGUUGGGAUAUGUUUUGUUCUGGUGAUAUUGCCUUUUCUUGCUCAGUGAGGAGAAUUAUUGUCUAGAGGAUAGAGCGGAUUCUGUUUGGUGUGGAGUCAUCUGACUACAAUUUAGUUUUUAGGUUUUAUUUUUGUUCUUUCUACGUAAAUAUAUUUAUGGGCGCUCUAUAUCUAUUGUCUAAGAACAGAUUUUCCCCCUAUUGAUGUGUCUUUGUUAUAGAAAAUGUUGCUCAAAAGAAGUAGAAGGUUAGGAUUGGCUUUUUGGGAUGAGUGUCAGAGUAUAAAGUGGAGUUGAGCAAGGCCUCUGCCCUCUAGUUUGCUAAAGGAUAAGCUUCAAAACAUGAUCUUUUACUUGUUGAGCUAAUCUUCCUGGUUGGCAACACUCUUUCUCCCUCUUCUCUCUCUUUCUCAUUCUCUCAACUUCAAGGCCAUAGUUGAGAUAAUCUUCCUGGUUGACAACACUCUCUCUCCCUCUUCUCUCUCUUUCUAAUUCUCUCAACUUCACAGCCAUAGCUUGAGAGGAAAUUUAGUGUAGUACAUUCUGUUAAAAAAAAAAUAUUCUCUUAAGCCAGCCGAAUUUUUAUGUGCAAACUAUGCUGCAUAGCUUUUGGGACCUGCAAAGAUAUGAGAGGAAUAAGAAUAGUCUUCUAACAUUUAUGUUCUCUUUUUUCCUUUUGGGGGGAGUCAGAGGAGGGGGAAGAGGGGGUGGUGGUGCAGGGUUUUUGUUGCAUGUAGCAUCGGUAAGUGAGUCAUGAGUAUUGUCUGUCUUUAGUCUAGGAUAUGUUGGUUAGGCUUCCGAUGAAAAUGUACUUCAUGAUGGGUCCUUUGGACAUAACAUCAGCUGUUAAGGAAUCAUAACGAUUGCUCAAAUCUAAACUGUUGAGAAGACAUGUUCGAUUAUGGAGCUGCAAGAUGAAUUUCUCAUACAAGUAAGUAAUGUAAUUGCCUCUGAGCUCAUCAUCUUGUUCCUUUAUUCAUUCUGUUGGUUGUUCUCUUAAGCAUACAUUAAAAUGUGAAGUCUUUUGAUAGGCUGAGUUACAUCUUUCCUUCCACUGAUCUAGUAGCUCACUCAGAGUUUAUGUCGUUCCCAGCAAUUUUCCUUAUGUAACAUCUUUCAGUGUUCGAUUAUGUCAAGAAAUUAUUUAUGUUGUGGCUAUCAUAACUUGUAAGAUCUUGUGUAUCGGACUUAUUUAGAGAUUCUUUCUUGCUGGGAACAGAUUUUCAAUGUUGAGGCUUCCCACAUAGCCACUGUAAGUUAUCGUCACACUUUUGGCUUAAUGUCUGGUUUCACAGACUCACUCCACAUAUGUACCAUGGGAUUGUGUCCCUUUGCCCCUUUGCCUUCACAAGCAUCAGCAGCGAUCCCAAUGCUCCUAUGCUACUGGUGUUGCUUGAUUUCUACUAUGUGCUUUGGGUGUUAAAAAUAGGUUUAGCUACGACGUGGCUGUCAGACUUGAGCUAAGGAAAUCAACAGAACAUUUGCGUGCCUUUUUAUUUGCAACUAGCACAUGUCACGUGUACAUUUAUUUAGGCACUUAUGCAAGUUUGGAAAAUAGGUCCUCUGGUAGUAUGACAGCUAGAAUUGGUUUCUUUCAUUUUAUUCCAACCCUAAGCAUUUCUUCAUAACAACCUAUCACUUUGAUCUAAUCUUUUGUUCAGGGUCUGCCGCUACUUCUGUACGAUGUGUAUAGACAUUUCAUCUUCUGCUUAGAAACAUAUCAUUCUAAAGAUAUCUUUCUUCCUAUUGUAAUGCUAGCAGUCUUAAGAGAACCAGAAAGUGUCAGACAACAGUCUGAAGAUGGUGCACGCUGAGAUUGGAUGACUGGCAGCUUGAAAUCACCUCCCUAAAGUAUAAACACAUACUACUAUGAUGAUUUAGAAUGGCUGAAGUGCAAUUGAAGUUUUUCCACUGUGGCAUUUAUAGAUUCACAAUAUGGAUGCUUAGCUGAUUGUUUAUUGCUUUCAGAUUUUGAUGUCAUUUAACUUGGGACCUUGAUCUGAUGCCUUAACUUCCAAUUGUUCUCCAUGAAUUGGUAAAAGAUGAAAUGCUUUUCCUCCUCCCAACGCAAAUGAGCUAUUGGAUUUUGGCCAGCAAAGUUAUUAAAUGAGUGAUGAAAAUCUAAUGGUUCUAAUCACUAGAUUUUUUCUAUGGUAUCUGUUUGCGUGCUUACGUGUUGGUUACAUAGUGAAUUGUGAAGUGUUUAGGGAGGCCCAGUAUUAUAGGAUUUUUGUCCUGAUAAUUAGGUCAGGUUAUGUGGUUCUGUAGUUUCCUUGCAAGGCUUCACAAGUGCAGGAGCAUGCUCGCUUUCCCUUGUUGGUUUUGGACUUGGCUAGUUUACUAUUCCUUAGUCUUCUUCAUUAAUAAUUGGACUUGGUCCUUCAUUCUUGUUUCAAUCAAUGCAGACUACACAUCUGAUUGCCGCUAAUUUUGUUUUCCCAGUUAGCAAUUUAUUUAUUUAUUUGUUUUUUUUUUUGUGUGUUUGCAAAGAAUUUAACAUAGAUGAAUCUUGCUGGCUAUUACUGUGGUAUGUUUGACAUUGAAAUUGUCAUUCUUAUUCUCCAGGUUGCAAGAGCUUGGAAGUGGGAACUUCCCAUCUCUCCUGCUUGAUUUGUUGAUUUUUCACUUCACAAGGGAUGUUCUUGCUUUUUUGUAAAUUUGAAGGAGCUUGUACUAGAUAAUGUACAUGGGGUCUGAGCUGCCCUGAGGGCUGCUAAACGAACUAAGUUGUCUUAUGGUCUUAUUUUACCUAAAAUGAAGCGUUUUACACCUACCCCUCAAAGCUGGAAGAAAGCUGACAAUCUGUGAUCUGGAGCAAAGAGUACCAGAGUACUUCAUUACGUAGUUGAACUAAGAUUUGCCUGUUUGAAUUCAUUAACAUAUUUCUGGCAAUUUGAUUCAUAAGGUUUACAAUGUAAUUGUGAUCUUUUAAAGAAAUGUAUAGGUUGGUAUCUGUUUACUGUAGCAGUGCAUGGCUUGGGCUCAAAGCAGUUUGGAUGAUGCUCUACAUGAAAAUGUACCAAGAGGCUUGAACGCAAGAGGAUCAUUUUGCAAGAGCAGAAACAGAUGAUAAUCUACCUCGCAAACAUUCAGCUCCCCUUCAAUCCCAAGGGUGCAUAACUUGGCAUUACUCGGGCUGAAACGUACAAGCGCAUGCUCUUUGUAAAGGGGAGUGGAUACUUCAAUGGAAUCUCUUGUUGUCAAGUCUUCAGUACUUGAAUGCGAAAGCAGCAUGAUCCAUAAUGGUUUUAGGUGACAGGAAAUUGUAUUUGAAUGGUAAAGACCAAGAUUAAACUUGUAUGAGAAGAUCUGCCAUUAGGGUUGGUCUCAUGUAUUUGAGCUGGCAGUUCUAUUUGCAUUUGGUGCAUUGGACCCAAUUUACUAUGUGUACUCGCAAUCCUUGCCAGGACUUUGUUGUAUGAAACUUCGAAGAAGUUUAAUAAAACAAUGAAAAUUUUUAUGCCA